CUUCCUGCUCCGAGUGAAAACUGAGAUAGUGAGGAAAAGGCUACGGGAGGAAAGACCAUGGAGGGAGAAAGCUGGAUGUAUUAGCUAGUUUGCUACUAAGGGGACCUUCUUUCCUUCUUUCACUUUAGCCUGAAAAAAUACAAGCGUCUCAAUGUGGCGGUAUCCGGUGUGUAUUUUAUGUGCUUGGAAAACGUCGUAAAUCUCCCGAACGUUCAAACAUUGAACGGCAGUCUGACCGCGGACGGUUAGCACAGCCCGACUAAAGUUAGCCUGCCCCGGCUAACUUAGCUUCUCUCGGCUAGCAAGACAAGACAAAAACAGGCUAAGUGGAAAGGGAGUUAAUGCUACAAGUGGCGCUGUGGCGUAAAGUAAAGUAACUAGUAAUGUUGCCUCCUGGGAUUAACUUCAGAUACGGAUGAGAAAGAAUUUGGCGACCGGGGAACACCGAGAACAACUGUGAGCCAGAGGACCACUGCUAUGUUGGGGUUGAUUCACGGCUCUGGCAGCCCGUCUGAGUCCCGAGGUUGGCCACACUCGGUGCUGUGGAGGCUUGGGGGUUUCUUCUUCCUCCUGCUGCUGGAAGGGUCCGGCUGCCUCGCCAGCCCGAGCAGCACCGUAGGCGUCAACAACAACAACCAUCCUAGCGUCAACAUAUACAUGAGUGUGGAGGAGGUGAAGAAGCUCUUGGGUCUGGAUGCAGAGCUUUACUACGUGCGAGAUGAUGUGGUGAAUCAUUAUGCGCUGUCCUUCACCCUGCCCGUGCCCAGCGAGACCAACAGCCUCCACUUCACAUGGCAUUCCAAGACAAAAGUUGACUACCGGCUUGGCUUCCACGUGGAGAACCCUGUUGCCAUGAAUCAACCGCGGAGCAACAUCUCCAGUCAGGGGGAGAUGCCAAGUGAUCCCUCCGUCUUUAGAGUGGACCUCUUUUGUUCCGGCAAGGUAGAUGGAGAGGCUGUUGUGACAGUGCAGCUCAAUCUGACCAUUCAUGCCAACAACUACACAGUGCUCAACUUCAAGAGGAGGAAAAUGUGCUAUAAGAGAAUAGAUUCUGACCCAAAGAUUCCCAUUCCUCUCAACAAUAACACUCUUCAGCGGCCUGACUUAGAUGGCGUGACCACCCCCACCAGCUCCACUCAGGUGUUCUACAUAAGCGUGAGCGUCUGCUGCAUUGUCAUCUUCCUCGUGGCCAUUAUCCUGGCCAUCCUGCACCUGCACAGCAUGAAGAGAGUGGAGAUGGAGGACAGUGUGAGUGACAGUGGGAGCUCGCAGGGCCUGUCGCAGCCAUCCACCCAGACCACACAGUACCUGAGGGCUGACACGCCAAACAACGCAGCCCCUGUCACAAACAAUCACCCUGGUUCUGCACCCAUACUCCAGCUUGCUGCCUCCUCCUUCCAAAACCCCGGUGCUCCCCCUCAUGAAACCAAAAGCUACCCAUCUCUCCGUAUAGAGAAGAAUGACCUGAGGAGUGUAACUCUAAUGGAGGCCAAAGCUAAAGUGAAAGACAUCGCCAUCUCGAGGGAGAGAGUCACACUGCGAGAUGUCUUGCAUGAAGGGACGUUUGGCCGCAUCUUCCACGGCGUGCUGCUGGACGAAAAGGACCCCACUAAGGAAAAGCAGGUCUUUGUGAAGACGGUGAAAGAUCACGCGUCUGAGGUGCAGGUGACCAUGAUGUUGACUGAAAGUUGCAAACUACGUGGACUUCAUCAUAGAAACCUAUUGCCCAUAAGUCACGUGUGCACGGAGGACGGAGAGAAGCCGAUGGUGCUGUUGCCUUUCAUGGCUUGGGGGAAUCUCAAGCUGUUCCUGCGGCAGUGCAAGCUAGCCGAGGCUAACAACCCGCAGGCGAUCUCUCAGCAAGACUUGGUUUAUAUGGCCAUCCAGAUUGCAUGUGGAAUGAGCUACCUGGCUCGCAGGGAGGUCAUACACAAAGACCUCGCCGCCAGGAACUGCGUCAUUGACGACAACAUGCAGGUGAAGAUUACAGACAAUGCCCUCGCUCGAGACCUAUUUCCCAUGGAUUACCACUGUCUAGGGGACAAUGAGAACCGGCCUGUUCGCUGGAUGGCCCUGGAAAGCUUGCUCAACAACGACUUCUCCAGUGCGAGCGACGUGUGGGCCUUCGGAGUGAACCUGUGGGAACUGAUGACCCUGGGUCAGACCCCCUACGUCGACAUUGACCCUUUUGAGAUGUCGGCCUACCUGAAGGAUGGGUACAGAAUAGCACAACCCAUCAACUGUCCAGAUGAACUGUUUGCAGUGAUGGCCUGUUGCUGGGCCCUGGACCCCGAGGAGAGGCCCAAGUUUCAGCAGCUCGUCCAGUGUCUUACAGAGUUCCACGCAGCGUUGGGCGCUUACGUGUGAAAGAGAUCUUCUUUUUUUGUUUUGUUUUGUUUUUUCCUUCGAGAAGAGCGACAUUAAAAAGCCGGUGGACACUAUUCGCAAGGAAUACAUGUAGGAAAUUGUGCCUUAUCAGAUGAAAGAGCAGGCCUGCGCCCAAUGAUUUUAUUCUGUACAGUCUUUUGGAGUUUUUAUAUAGAUAAUUUACCUUUUUACAGCAUAGCAAAGUGAAAAGGAUUCUUUGUUGAAUAUUGUUGCGUAUGCUUUCAAAGCGCCUAGGAAAAUGGCAAUCAACGGUGUUCCACCUUUGCCCCGAGGACCCCGAACUGUGGAAAGUUGUCCUCAUCUAUACACAACAUCAACGCAUUUUUGUGCCAUUUUUUUAAUUCAGAAGAUUCAGCCGACCUGGUUUUAAAAACAGUAUUUUCUACAGCUUUGUUACUUAGUGAAACAGUGUAAAUUGUAGAUGUGGUUUGGAUGAGAGUUAACUCUACAGCAGAAGGAUUUAGGUACCAAAGUAGACUUUUGGAAAAAAAAAAAAAAAAAAAAGGCUUAAUUUGUGUAUGUAACCAUAUUGUCAAGCAUGCUGCUUCACUCGAGCUUGGUACGAGAGGCUUCCCAGGAAACCGGAGCUGCGUUUAUUAAAGGUCGAUUUCCGAGACCUCUUCAAAAAAAAAAAAAAAGGUACACUGUUUUCCUCUGGACGACCCCGGUAGCUGCGCCACAGACGGGUUUUCCUGUCUCCUGACCGAGGUGCCAGCACACAGUGGAGAUGACACUCUGCAGCGUAGAACAGACGUGAGGACGCCACAGCUCCUGCAGCAUCAGCGCCACAAAGCUACAUAUAUAAACCUGAUUUUUUUUUUUUUUUUUUUUUUUUUUUUUAAAGAACAACAUCCGGAGUGAAUUUUUGGACACUUAUUAUUAUUUGACUGCCACCAUAUUCUUCCUCUUUUGUACAUUUUCUUUCCACUAUCACACCCGCCAAACAAAAAAAAACUAUCCUAAUGUUUCUAUUUUAUAAGCUUGAUUGUUCUGCGUCAGAACACAGCCCUUCACAGGACUUAUGACUGAUUUUUUUUUGUGAGUAACUAGAACACUAAUAAUCACUGUGAACACACAAAACUGCCUACCGCCUUGGUUUAAUCUUAUUCUCCCACCUUUAACAUCUUUGUGACGUGUCUUUAUGGUCACUGCAUGUUGAGUUAAGGUUGUAAACUGCUUCCCGAGAUCGUAUCCACAAAUUAAAUGGGAUUUUUAAAUAUA